UGCCUGAAAACUCAUCCGAGCUUUCGUAUACCAGUGAUCGAAACCACUAAUGUGACAUAUCAUGGACGUUCGGUCGUCGGCGUCACACGACAAACGACCGAGCCACAUGUCGCCUUCGGUCAUGUCGAACUUAUUUGUAACAUUUGGUUCACGCUAGAGAUUAUUAUACGAUUUAUAUUCUGCCCAUCGAAAUGGGGUUUUCUCAAAUCACCGCUCAACAAUAUUGAUCUGGUAGCAACUUUGUCAUUCUAUGCGGAUGCUAUAUUUAUUCGAUUGCUAGAGGAUGCUCCAAAAGACGUCGUAGAGUUCCUUUCCAUGAUUAGGAUAUUUCGAUUAUUCAAGCUCACUCAACAUCAUCGUGGUCUGCAGAUCUUAAUUCACACUUUUCGAGCGAGUGCUAAAGAAUUGAUAUUACUGGUAUUUUUCCUCAUUCUUGGCAUUGUUAUCUUCGCUGCUCUCGUCUACUACGCAGAAAAAAUGGAAGUCAACCCGGACAAUCAGUUUCAGUCUAUCCCAUUGGGAUUAUGGUGGGCGAUAUGCACCAUGACUACAGUCGGCUAUGGUGAUAUGACUCCCCAUACAUCUUUUGGGCGACUUGUUGGCUCGCUUUGUGCUGUCAUGGGCGUUUUGACAAUUGCUCUUCCAGUGCCGGUGAUUCACUUGCAAACACUUCUUUGCUCUUAA